AUGUCUCUCUCCAACAAGCUCCCCAUUACCGACUGCGACCUCAAGGACAAGCGUGUCUUGAUCCGUGUCGACUUCAAUGUCCCUCUCGACGAGAACAAGGCUGUCACCAACCCCCAGCGUAUCGUCGGUGCUCUGCCCACCAUCAAGUAUGCCAUCGACAACGGCGCAAAGGCCGUCAUCUUGAUGUCCCACCUCGGCCGUCCCGAUGGCAAGGUCAACCAGAAGUACAGCCUUGAGCCCGUCGUUCCCGUCCUGUCCAAGCUGCUCGGCAAGCCCGUCACCUUCACUGAGGAUUGCGUCGGCCCCAAGGUUGAGGAGACCGUUAACAACGCCUCCGGUGGCCAGGUCAUCCUGCUUGAGAACCUGCGCUUCCACGCCGAGGAGGAGGGCAGCUCCAAGGACUCCGAGGGCAAGAAGGUUAAGGCCGAUGCCGCCAAGGUUGCUGAGUUCCGCAAGGGCCUCACUGCUCUUGGUGACAUCUACAUCAACGAUGCUUUCGGCACCGCCCACCGCGCCCACAGCUCCAUGGUCGGCGUCGACCUCCCCCAGAAGGCCGCCGGCUUCCUCGUGAAGAAGGAGCUUGAGUACUUCGCCAAAGCCCUCGAGAACCCUGCUCGUCCCUUCCUCGCCAUCCUCGGUGGCGCUAAGGUCUCCGACAAGAUCCAGCUGAUUGACAACCUCCUCCCCAAGGUCAACAGCCUGAUCAUCACUGGCGCCAUGGCCUUCACCUUCAAGAAGACUCUCGAGAACGUCAAGAUUGGUAACUCCCUCUUCGACGAGGCUGGCAGCAAGAUCGUUGGUGAUAUCGUCGAGAAGGCCAAGAAGUACAACGUCGAGAUCGUCCUUCCUGUCGACUACGUCACCGCCGACAAGUUCUCCGCCGACGCUACCGUUGGCUCUGCCACCGAUGCCUCCGGUAUCGCCGACGGCCUGAUGGGUCUGGAUGUUGGUCCCGAGUCCGUUAAGCUUUACGAGAAGACCAUCGCUGAGGCCAAGACUAUUCUCUGGAACGGUCCCCCCCCGCUGAAGCCCUUCGCUAACGCGACCGAGAAGACUCUUGAUGCUGCUGUCAAGGCUGCCCAGAGUGGUUCCAUUGUUAUCAUUGGUGGUGGUGACACCGCUACUGUCGCUGCUAAGUACGGUGUUGAGGACAAGCUCUCUCACGUCUCUACUGGUGGCGGUGCUUCUCUUGAGCUCCUUGAGGGCAAGGAACUGCCCGGUGUUGCUGCUUUGUCCAGUAAGUAA